AUGGACACCGAAAUCAUUGCUCUUGUGGCAAACAAGACUUGGGAUGUCAUUCCUCUUCCUCCCAGUCAACAUUCUAUAGGAUGUACGUGGGUUUAUAACUAUAAACAUAAUGAAAAAGCAAUCAAAAAUUGGUCCUUAUAUCAAUUAGACAUCAACAACGCCUUCUUACAUGGUGAUUUGCAUGAAACUAUUUACAUGCAACUUCUUAAAGGCUAUACACCUUCAGGAUUCCUUUCCAAAAAUUCUGUCGUUCUUCGGCUGGAAUUUCAGUUUUUCAGUGACCUUUUACGCUUCAACUUCUCAAAGAGACAGGUUUCUUGGGAGCUAAAGUUGUCUCUACCCCCAUAUAUCUCCUAUGCUGUCAACACUUUAAGUCAGCUUUUACAUGAGCUGCGUACCCCUCAUUUACAUGAUGCACAUCGAAUUCUUCACUAUCUCAAAGGCACACCAGGCCAAGGCCUAAUUUUUUAUGCUAAUUCUAAUCCUCAUUUGUGUGCUUUUGCUGAAUCUAACUUUAAAAAUGUAGAACCACAACUUAAAAAAUUUUCAGAUGCAGAUUGGGGCUCUUGGAUUGACACCCGUAGGUCCAUCACGGGGUAUUGCGUCUUCCUUGGUCUCAUGGAAGUCCAAAAAGCAGCCAACAGUUUCCAAAUCCUCUCAUGA